CUACUUUGUUGUCAUUUCGUUAUGAGUUUUUAAUUUGGUUUGUUUCGUUUAAUUAUUGUUUAGUUAAAUUAAUUCAAAUAUGUGGAGCCCAACACAUGUACAAGUUACUGUGCAUAAAGCUAGAGGACUGAUCAGUAAAGGGAAAAAUGGAACUAAUGAUGCCUUUGUAACAAUUGGUUUGGGAAAAGAAACAUUUCAAACUUCUAUAAAAGAGAAAGCUACUGGUGUUCUUGAAUGGCAUGAAAAAUGUGAAUUGCUAAUUCCUAAACAAGGAAACAAGGCAGAAAUAGUGCUAACUGCCUUGCAUCAUAAUCUUAUAGGUAUGGAUGAGUUUUUAGGACGAGUGAAUAUACCAUUAGCUGAAAUGGAUGUUUAUGAAAGACCUAAAAACAGAUGGCUUAAAUUACUGGAUAAGCCUGGAAAAGAAAAGAAAAAGGAUAGAGGGGAAUUAGAAGUCAAAAUAUCUUUCAUUGUUAAAUCUGGAAGUUUAUCUAAUUUAUCUAAAAAAGAGAAACAUAAAUCAUCAUUGGGCCAACUUUCACAAGCUGCUCAUUCCUUUGGUGGUAGUUUAAUCAGUAUUAGCAGUAUUGAUAAGCGUAAAGGGUUAAAAAAACUGGCUUCUAAGAUAAGUGGAAAAUUCUCAAAAUCAUCUCAUAAAGAUGAAGAUAAUUCUUCAAAUAUCGCUACCCCUACUUCUCAACAGGUACUAGGUGAAGCAGAUCCUGGUGUAAUCAGUGAAGCUGAAAGUGAUGAUGAUUUUGCUUUGGAUGAAUUAUCACAAAGAGGAUCUGAGUCGUCUCUUAAUUUUAAUACUCUUCCUAGAACGAAUACAGAUGUGACAAAAAUUACUUCAGAAAGUACACACUUUCCUCCAGCGAAACCUCCUAGGACUGCUUCAUUUACUCAAGAAAAGAAACCAGAUUUUGAAUCUCAUUAUUCUGCAAAACCCUUAAAAGUGGAAAGCAGUACUGAUUUGAGAGAAAUGGUUUUCUCAAAACCUAUUGAAAGAAUCAUCAUAGGAAAAGAAGUGACUCGUCCAUCGUCUCCCAGUUCAACACUUCCUCCUGAAAUACUUAAUCAGUAUUCUGAAAAGACUAGAGAGGACCUCAUUCAACUAAUAUUAGACCUUCAAAAUCGUCUUACUAAGGAACAAAAAAAGCAGAGAGAUCUUGAGGAUUAUUUAGAUGAAUUGCUGCUACGUGUUAUGGAAACAUCUCCUAGAAUAUUGCAGAAUCCUUAUAUUAACUGCGAAAUAUGAUUUUAAAUAAGUGUGAUAUUAUUAUAUAAAAAUGGUUUGACAAUGGUAAUAUUUUAUUGUUAAAUUUUGUUUGUUUUUGUUUAACCUAUGCCAUUUCUGAGUGUAAUGUAUAUGUGAUUUAAUUUUUCUCUUCCUUACUAAUCAGUUUUAAAAAAUAAGGUAUUAAAACAAAGCAAACAAAUAAAAAACUUACGUGUUUUAUAAACUUAUAAACCUUAUAUGUGUUGCUAAACUUAUAAACAACAAAUACAUAUUUGGUGGGACUUUUCCAGUUAUAGGAUGUAUAAACAGACGGAAAUUUUUUAAAAAGAGCAUAAAAAGUUGAAUGCAUUAGGAUUUCCUUUUUAUUACUUGGGAUAUUAAUGUAAAUCAAAACACAUAUCUGGGCCAGAGACAUUUUACAAGAUAAUAUUUACGAGAUAUUACAUUGCACUAUACUUAUUCAAAUAAUAAAAAAAAAAUACUACCAUUUUUUUUAAAUGUACAUUAUAAUACAUAGUCAAUAACAUAGUUUUUAAUUUUCAUAAUUAUGUUUAUAUGUAUAUUAUAACAGAUACAUAUAUAACAUAUGUAGAUCAUAGCUAUUAACAUGAAUUUAAAUUUUCAUAAUUCCAAAUACAAGCUAAGUCAAAAAUAGGGAACUUUUUCAAGGAAUGAAACUGUGGAUGUGUAUUCUACCAAGAUACAUAUAUAUUUUAGAUAUAUAUUUAUAUAUUCAUACCAAUGAUUACUGUUAAUAUGUUUGUAUUUAAGGUUGAAUUUUUAAGAUUGAAAUUUUUAUAAGUGUAAAUAUAUGUUUAUUGACCCAUAAUUAUGUUAAUAUUUCAUGGAACAAAGUUGUUAUUUAUAUAAAAAUAUUUUAUGUUGUACUAUGGUAACUAUUCCUUCCAGUUGUAUUGUGAUAAUCUAUUCUUAUAAAAGUAUUAUCUCGAAUUUUU